CAACUCCAUUUUCUAACUUCAACUCCAAUCAUCACUUCAUUUUCACACACCCACCAUAAAAUUUUCUUUCAUAUAAUUAUUUAAACCCACAUACAUACUUUACCCAUCUUAAAAUUCUUCUUGAUCAUCAUGCCAACUUCUUCUUUUCAUCAUCUUCUUAUGAUUUUGAUCGUAUUUUUCCACUUCAAUCUUUCAUUUUCUUCAUUAAAUCUUAUUUUACCCUUAAAAACCAAAAUAAAUUCAGUAGGGUCCCUCCUAACAUCACCAAGCAAAUUUUCAUUCCAUCACAAUGUUACUCUAACAGUAACAUUAACAGUAGGUACCCCUCCACAAAAAGUUUCAAUGGUUAUUGACACAGGCAGUGAACUUUCAUGGCUUCACUGUAACAAGAACAAAAAAACCUUCGUUCAUAAUUCCACAUUUCUCCCUACUCAUUCUUCUUCUUACAAAUCGAUCCCUUGUUCUUCUACUACAUGCACGGAUCAAACCCGAGACUUCUCUUCGCCAGCCUCCUGCGAUAUGCAUAAACUCUGCCACGUUAUUUUAUCCUACGCCGACGCAUCGUCUAGCGAAGGUAAUCUUGCUUUGGAAACAUUCAACAUCGAGAAUUUAAGAAUUCCAGGUAUGGUUUUUGGUUGCAUGGAUUUAAGUUUCAGUAGUAGUACUUCUGAAGAAGAUUCUAAAACUACUGGAUUACUAGGUAUGAAUAUGGGUUCUUUAUCUUUCGUUUCUCAAAUGGGCUUUCAGAAAUUUUCUUAUUGUAUUUCUGAUAAUAAAGAUUCUACUGGGGUUUUACUUCUGGGUGAUGGUGGAGCUUCAAAGUAUCCGUUGAACUACACACCGUUAAUAAGGAUUUCAUCUCGACUACCAUAUUUCGAUCGGGUAGCUUAUACUGUUCAACUGGAAGGAAUACGGGUUUCGAAUAAACUACUCCCUUUACCGAAAUCAGUUUUUGUUCCUGAUCAUACUGGAGCUGGUCAAACUAUGGUUGAUUCAGGAACUCAGUUCACAUUCUUACUCGGUCCUGUUUAUACCGAAUUAAGAAGAGAAUUUCUGUAUCAAACGAAACGGGUUUUAAGAGUUUUAGACGAACCGAAUUUUGUAUUUCAAGGAACCAUGGAUUUGUGUUUUAGAGUUCCGUCAAGUCGAACGAAAUUACCACCGUUACCAACUGUAAGCAUGAUAUUUCGAGGUGCCGAAAUAACUGUUUCGGGUGAUAAGUUAUUGUAUCGGGUAAUGGGUGAAGUCAGAGGGAAUGAUAGCGUGUACUGUAUGACGUUUGGUAAUUCGGAUUUAUUGGGGCUAGAAGCUUAUGUGAUUGGUCAUCAUCAUCAACAAAAUUUGUGGGUGGAAUUUGAUCUUGACAAAUCAAGGGUUGGUUUCUCAUCUUUUAUCAAGUGCGAUAUAAUUGCUAAUCAGAUAUUGGAUAUGGGCCCCACAGAUUAAAAACAUAUUGGGUCCCACUUUAGCUAUGGGUAUAAGUUUUGUACGGCCUCGUGAAACCGGCAAGUACAAAAUUCAAGAAAGAAUGAACAAAGUCCAACUUUAUGGGUCGGGUCACACGUGAGCAGUAAUAUGAAUGGCCUAGAUUUACCAAAGAAAAGAAAAUCAGGAACGUCAGUUUUAAAGGGAAUUAUUACUGGGAUACUACUUUUGUACAUCCCUAUGUAUGUGCCUAACUUUUGUACUACGAUGACAUUAUUUUACACAGAGCAUGAACCUAUGUCAGGUCACAUUUGAAGAAAAAGAAAAGUGAAGCAUUGGACAUGAAUGUCGUGUAAAUUAGGGUUUCUUUUCGGAUCUUUGGUGCGGUAGGGAAUGAGAAGUGAGAGGAAGAUAUCCAUUCAAAUACUAAUAAUACUGGAGAAAGUUUUUUUUGGUUUUGUUUUAGAAACUAGAAAUAACCCGUGCCUAACGGCAAAGCAUGCGAAGGUACAAUUUUUUAUGAUAAUAAUUUUAAUAAUUACCGCGCAUCAUCAUAAGUCUUAAUUCCACUCGUAAGAACUCGUCGAUAUAAAAACUUUAAACAUUUUUCAUCAGAAUAA